AUGGACGGAGUCGAACGCAGUGGCAAUGCCAACAAAGCAGAUGGCCGUUGGUUGUUGGUAGCUAUGGCGGAAUUCAGGGAUCCGUGUCAGUGCGAAUAUCUGAUCCACACACCUACGCCCAGCGCGAAAUCUGGCCUAGUUGGGUCGCGUCCAGGAGUCGCGCACAGACUGGAACCGCUUGAGGAUAACAAUGGCGAGAAUCUUCGCAGCAAUGUCGAUGAGGCUUAUGCCGCGAUAGUUCUAACUUUGUGUCUUAUCUCUCUUUUUGUGGACAGGCACAAGGAUGCCUGA